AUGAUCGUCAUGAUCAUCAACUUCAUUGGCUACACGGUGGUUCCACAGUUAAAAAACAAUCACGGAUUGGCAAUUCGCUGCUACAUCUUCACCUACAUCAUUCUUGCCUUUACGUACGGUGCGGAGAUUCCUGCAGUAAUGAUGCUGGAUACUGUUGAUUUCUUACGAGUAUUGAUAAUAGGUGCGAUUAUCGUCCACUAUUGUAACAUAUCCAGCGCUCUCUGGGUGCAAGUCAUAAGCUUUGAUAUUUGGCGGACGUUUCGAAAUGUACGAUCCGUUGAUCGCCGAGUCAGGGAACGUAAAAAUGCGAAGUUUAUUUGGUACGCGCUGUAUUCUGGGGUUUCACCCAUCGUCUUAGGAAUACCUGGGUUCAUCUGUUACGUAUGGGUUUUCAUGCACUGGGAUGACAACUCAGACCUUGAGUUUUUGAGUUUAGUCAGCUAUUUGCCAAGGUACAUCGAAUCUGCGAUAUACGCUUCAGUUUGUCUUUGCAACAUUUUCUUCUACGUUGGGAUGUUCUGCACGAUGAGGCGACAAAGAAAAGAGACGGCUGCUCUGACCGAAGGGUCGAAUCAACGUCACGGUGCACAAAAACAGUGGUUCAACUUGUACGUAAAAUUAUCUCUGAUAAUGGGCAUUCACAUGAUCGCGUGGAUAUGUAUCCCAUUGACCAAUUUGGAAUCAACCUUCGACUGGAUAUUUCAAGUUUCGGAACUGUUACACAGUAUUCUAAUCUUUCGAUUUUUCAUUUGGAAAGACGGCGUCAAGCAGAUAUUCCGGAAACGAAUUUGCAGCGCGGUAUCUAUUUGUUCAAGAAAAAUUAGUCCUGGUGAAGGUAAUACGAUCGGUUCACCUUCGCCGGAUGCUAAUCCGGAAGAAGCAUUACCACGAGUUGAAACCGCGUUUUGAUCGUCGCGUUGUAAGAUUUGGUCAGUCACAGGUUGUUGAACUAAUUCACAUAUUGAGCAAUAUGCCUCGAUAGUCUCGAGUGUCCUGAAGUAUCCAACCCGAAUGAAAUUACGUAAUACAUGAAUACCGCUUAUCGCUUUUGUACGAUAUUAUAUCAGAAAUAAAUUGCAAUGCUUGAA